AUGCGAGAAGCUGCAGCACCGGCAGCAGCAGCAGCAGCAGCAGAAUCCCCAAUUGGCUUUCGGUGGCCCACAGCGGAAGAGGCAGCAGCAGGCAAGGGUUCCCGUGCCUGUGGGGGCAGCAGCUGCCGCACGCAGCAGAAGCAGCAAGAAGCAGCAGCAGCGCUGCAGCUUCUGCAGCAGCAAAUUGCUGCAGCACGAAAGGAGCGGGGGCUGCCGGACAUGGACUUCCUCCGUGCUGCGCUGCUGCAGUGCAACAAGGAGGCCAAAGCAGCAGCAGCAAACGUGGACACGCUGCGAGCAGCAGCAGCAGCAGCUGCUGCUGACGCCAGAUCUGGCCGCACUGUGCUUCAGAGAGGUUUCGAGCGAGGCGACCGAAGGUUUGUGGUUUGUGAUUUGAGCCGAUACAAAAAAGGCGAGCCGCUGCUGCUGGAGCAGCAGCAGCUGCCGUUGCUGCUGCUGCACUACUUGCCUUAUAACAGCAGCAGCAGCAGCAGCAGCAGAUACUCGCCGUGGAGCAGCAGCAGCAGCAGACGCCCUGAGUAUUCCAGAUUUUACUACAGCUCGGAAGACAGACGCCGGAUGCCGCAACGAAGCAGCAGCAGCAGCAGCAGCAGCAGCAGCAGCAGAUACACGCUGCGGGUAGCAAGAAAUGAAGAGCAGCACAGACGCAACAGAAGGCGCAGCAGCAGCAGCAGCGCACCGCUGCGGCGUUCAAGUGUACGUACACCGCAGAAGACAUGGAGGCCCGCAGCUGCAGCAGCAGCACCUGCUGCUGCUGCUGCUGAAAGGUCUUCAAGGGAGGCUUCGCACAGAAGGGAGACAGCAGCAGCAGAUGGCGAGAAAAACAGCCGUACCCAGGAAGCAAAAGAAGGGGGAGCAGCAGCAGAGGCUGCUGCUGCUGCUGCUGCGGUCGCUGCUGCGGAGGAAGCAGCAGCAGAAGAAGCAGCAGCUGCUGCAGCAGAAGAGGAAGCAGUUGUUGCAGCAGCAGACGCAGAAGCUGCUGCUGCAUGCGGCAGCUUAGCCUUCGAAAGGGCCAGGAGUGUUUCGCUUAGCGCUGCGUCUCCAGCUGUGCACUAG